AUGGCUGCCUUAUCAAAGGAAACAAAGGGUUUGGAACACGAUGCAGGAUCUAACCACGAGCCGUACAAAAGGAAUAUCUCCACUCCGCACCAAAGAAUGUGGAGCAUUGUUGUAGACCCGAAUACCAAGAUUACUUUCGAGGAACUGUUUCCUGGAGUCGUCGGAGGCUGGCAUCGUCUCGCAAUACAUCAUGCCGCUUUGACAAACAAACUGAAUGACUCCAGCUUCUGUCGUACUACCAUAAGUGUGGUCAGAGAAGAAGAGCCUGGUGAUAAGACACUCAAGCAACCGCUUGUGCUCUGCACGCUAGUUCCAAUGAUAAUAGAGCAGGUGCGAUUGGAUUACACCCUCGCAUUAGAUAGGAAAGCAGGUUAUAUUCUUGUGGAAGGACCUAACCCUGUAAAUAUCUCAAUGGAAGCGGCUCCUUCAGCGAAUGAAAGGGUUAACGGCACUGGUAAGAACAAAGCCCUUCUCCCACCGUUCCUCAUGACAAUCAUAUCCCUUUGUGCUGGGUCAGGCCCUAAUAACGCGAAGACUCAACCAAUCCCUUCUCUUUCGACCUCAUUGUCUUUGGAAAAAGCGAACUUCCCGGGCAAUCCCAAUGCUUUUCUGCGUCGACCCAAAUACGCGACCCAUGACUCAGUCAGCGAUCUAAUUCUGGUGGAUCUAGGAGCCUUGUUGACACCUCGAACCGACUGGAAUCGUCUGAAAAGACAAGCAGCAGUGUUGCUCUGCUCUGCCCCAAUGUCUUCAUCCACGCUAAACAGUGAGAUAACUUCCUCGAUUAUUCAGUGUGUAUUCAAUCCGAGAAUCGAAGGAUCUUCUACUACGAACUUAUCACGCGAACCUCGAUUCUACCAACGACCGAACUUCAGUGCAGUUGGUGAUCAAGAGACGAUGGGCCACCGCCCGUCUUCCGUUGUACCUCAAGCACCUUCUUACAAGCAAUCAUACCUGAGAGACAAACCUCGAUACCGACGGUAUCGAAACUACAAUGCAAAUGAUCACAAUUUUUCUAGUGACCGCCCUCCGAUGAAGAAUUUGCCACUUCGCAAUUGA